AUUAAAAGAAUAAUGACAACUAACUCCAAUUCUUGUCAAUAUUAAAUUUUCUAAUAUGUCAGAAGAAGACUGGAAAAGUCCCGCCUUUCGUGAAAAUAUCGCCAGCAAACUUCACUUCUGGUCCCCAUAUAAGGGCCCGGAACAAAUAAGCUGGGCCAAGGCGUUGGAAAAUCAUCUCUUUCGCCGCGCGAGAUCGUCGGAGGAAUAUUUGAAACUGUUCUCAAGGGUCUUGGAUCACUAUAAGGUCUUAGCCGGAAGGUCUGAAGGCGCGCUACCAAAUACACAGGGCAUGGAGACUGAUCUUUUAGCUGCUUUAGAAAACAUGAACAUCGAGGAGCAGUCAAAUCCUAAUCCACAUAUGUUUUAAAACUAUUCUUAAGUUCAUUCCUACAGUUUAUGGACUGGCA